AUGGGCUCCCCUCCUUCUGUCCCUGUCCCUGUGCGUGGCUGUCUGAGCUCCUUAAAACACCUGUGUCUGAGAUCUCUGCUCUACACACGGGUGCUAACCACUCACCCACUGCCUCACCCUCUGCCUCACCCUUUGCCUCACCCUCUGCCUUACCCACUGCCUCACCCUCUGCCUCACCCACUGCCUCACCCACUGCCUCACCCUCCUCACACCCUCUGCUCACCCUGCCCCCACCUGCCUCACCCCUGCCUCACCCUCUGCCUCACCCUCUGCCUCACCCCUACUGCCUCACCACCUGCUCCCUCGCUCCCGCCUCACCCACUGCCUCACCCUCUGCCUCACCCUCUGCCCCUCUGCCUCACCCUCUGCCUCACCCUCUCACCCUCUGCCUCACCCACUGCCUCACCCACUGCCUCACCCUCUGCCUCACCCUCUGCCUCACCCACUGCCUCCCCCUCUGUCUCACCCACUGCCUCACCCUCUGUCUCACCCUCUGCCUCACCCUCUGACUCACCCUCUGCCUCACCCUCUGACUCACCCUCUCACCCUCUGACUCACCCUCUGACUCACCUUCUGCCUCACCCUCUGUCUCACCCACUGCUUCACCCUCUGACUCACCCUCUGCCUCACCCUCUGACUCACCCUCUCACCCUCUGA